CAAAAGUGAAUGGGGACAAAUUAGUAACUUAGGUGGACACUAGGUUUUUCCUCUUGCACACACACUCUUUCUCCAUCACUCACGCAUUGAUUCUCUCUCUCCUAACGGUGGAUCAGCUGCCAUUGCUGCACUGCGCUCUCCUCUUUCGCCCAUUUCCAGACAACAGGGAAGUUGGCUUGAAUUUGCGAUACUAACUCACUAAGAGGGAGAUGGCCAAGAAGAAAAACCCGUUUGUUUUCUUGGAUGUGUCAAUUGACGGAGAUCCGUAUGAAAGGAUGGUUUUUGAGCUCUCUUCUGACGUAGUUCCAAAGACUGCCGAAAAUUUUCGUGCGUUAUGUACAGGAGAGAAGGGAGUUGGCCCGAAAUUAAGGAAGCCCCUGCACUACAAAGGGACCUUUUUCCAUCGGAUUGUGAAGGGUUCCAUGGCUCAGGGUGGUGAUCUCCUCAGACAAGAAGGUUCAGCUGGAGAAAGUAUAUAUGGGGACAGAUUUCCAGAUGAGUCACCAAAGCUAAAACAUGACGAACCUGGUCUCUUAUCAAUGUCAGUUGCUGACCGAGAUAAUCGUGGAUCUAUUUUUAGUCUUAUUUUCAAGGCUAACCAAACUCUUGACAGAAAGAAUAUAGUGUUCGGGAAGCUGGUACACGGUCAUGAAGUUUUGAAGAAAGUUGAGGAUGCAGGUCAUGAAGACGGAAGACCAGCUGUUACUGUCAAAAUUUGCAACUCUGGGGAAUUGAGUGAGAGUGAAAAGAAGAAACUGGGAAAGAAGGUGGCAAAGGAGGCAAGUUUGGAUGUGAGUCACGAAACACGACGAAAGGGGAAGCAUAAGAAAUCUUCAAGAGACAGAAGAAAGAGAAGAAGAAAAUAUUAUACAUCUGAAUCGGAUGAUUCUUCUGAUAGUGACUUUGAUAGUACGGAAUCUGAUACUGAUUCUGAAACCGACGCAUCUUCAUCAGAUGUCAGUUCCUCUAGUGAUGACAGGCGAAAGAAGAGAAAGAGAUCUUCUAAGCGCGAUAAAUACAAACGUGGGAAGCGUAGAGACAAGCGGCGUGAUAAAAAGCGCAAAAGGCAUGACAAGCGUUCAAGACGCAAGCCAAAAAGGACAUCUGAUAGUCUGAGUGAUACCAACAGUGAGAGCACCGAGGAUAGCUCUGAAGAAGAGGGCAAUGUGAAGGAUUCUGAUCCGAAGCAUAAGGAUGAUUUGCAGAAAAAUGCUGAGAACCAUCCUCCUGUUGUUGAGAGUGCUACCACUGUCAAUAAUCACAAAAGAAGUGAAGAAUCUGAUAAGUUUGAUGAUGAAGAAUUUAGAUCUCCAAAGGAAAAUGGAGAGCAACGAAGCAAUGGCUAUAAACAAGAUGCAAGAUGUAGCAGAAAUGAAGAUAGACAACCUGAUGUGGUAGAGGACCACCGAGGAAAAUCUAGGAGCCGGAGUGCAAGUCCCAAAAAGGCUAUGAGUAAGAGUAUGAGUAUCAGCCCCAGGAGUAUGAGCAGGAGCCGGAGUGCAACACCGCGAAGGAGUGUGAGCAGAAGUCCAAGUGUUAGCAAGAGUCCCCCUCUAGCUGUACAAAGAAGUCAUAGCAUUAGCAGAAGUCCAUUGAGGAAUGCCAGCAGGAGUCCUGCUAGAAGUCUCAGUAGAAGCCCAGCUAGAAGCCUCAGCAAAAGCCCAGUUAGAAGCCCGAGUGGAAGCCCACCAAGAAUUCGUCCUCGACGAAAUGCCAGUGUAAGCCCUGUCAUAUCCCCACCUCGAAGAAGUCCCAGUGGGAGCUACCGGGGAGGGUCAUCCCAAAAAUCAAUCGGUAGAAGCCCAGGACGAGUCGGCAGGAGAAGCAGUCCAAGCCCUGUACGUUCUCGUAGAAGUGUGAGCCCCAUAAGAUCUUCACAUAGAAGCUUAAGUAGAAGCUCAGGUCGGGCCCCAUCAAGAAGAGUUGUUAGCCGUAGUCCUGUUAGGUCUCCAAGGCGGAGCUAUCGUCGCAGCUAUUCUAGAAGUCCUGGCCGUCGAAGCCCUCCUUCCAUUCGCCAUAGGAGUAUGUCAAGAAGUGCUUCCCCCGAUGCGUCACCAAAACGUAUUAGAAGGGGUAGAGGUUUCAGUGACAGAUUCUCUUAUGCUCGAAAAUAUAGGACCCCUACUCCUGACCGUUAUCGGUAUGGUGGUCGUGACAGAUAUCCCAGUUACAGGAGAUUUUCUGACCGUUCUCCAAGGCGUUUCCGGAGCCCAAGAAGGUCUCCAAUAAGAUAUAGAAGAAGAAGAAGCAGGACAAGAAGUCCAAGUGUUUCAAGAAGUCCUCCUUAUCGUCGUCGUCGUUUUACCCGAAGCCCUGUUCGUUCUCCAAGUGAUCCUCCUCCCAGAUACCGUGCAUCUCCUCGUGCUGAAAAGCGGUUGUCAUCUAGCCGAAGUCAAAGUAGGAGUUUGUCAGCCUCAGGGUCCUCCAGGGGGGGAUCUCCACCUCCAAAAAGAGUUAGCAAGGAUAGGUCUCGGUCUCGGUCUCGGUCUAGGUCAUCAUCUGACAGUCCACCUGUGAAAAAGGGCCUGGUGUCUUAUGGAGAUGGUUCUGCUGAGGCCAGUCCUAGGUAGAAAAGUAGCUUUGGAUUCGCAUUAUUUUGGUUACUCUUUUCGGUUGAGAAUAUAUUUGGGGGAAAGUAUUUCCGUGAGCUAUGAGAUAGUGGUGGUUGUUUGUUAAGUGUAUGUUGAAUAAAUAGAUUUUACAUGGAUUUUUUUACAACAAUUACAUUGAUUUGGUCUUUAGUUAUGGAAGUAGAUCCUGUUUGACACUGUUCUGUCUUGAAACAAUGUAGUGUAUGAAGUUUUAUGUUUCGACUCUAUUAUUAUUUGUACACGGCUGUACCAUUUCAUUUUAA